AUGUCGAAAAUUGUGAGACGUGUCGAAGUUAGUGAAAAUAACGCGGACUUUCUAAUACAUAGUCCCUCGCCAAACCAUGAACAAAAUUUUAUUCAACUCGAAAUGUCUAAAGCUCAAGUAUAUUAUUAUCCUUCCGUUUUUUCCCUGCAAGACUGCUCAAAAUAUUAUUCCGAUCUUAUUUCUCUUCCUUAUUGGACUCGACCAGUCUUUAAAAUAUUUGGACGUCCUGCAAGGGCGGCUCGACUCACUUGCUCAUUUGGUUCAACACCCGAUAAGGUUUAUAGAUAUUCUGGAACUGCCGCAAGGGUAGAUUCAAUUGACUAUCCACCUUCCAUAACAGUUAUCAAAGACAAAAUUGAGUCGAUUUUAGAUACAGAAUUUAAUUUUGUUUUGUUAAACUGGUACCAAAGUGGUAAUGAUUCUAUUGGUAUUCACGCCGAUGAUGAAAAAGUAUUAAAGAUGGCAGAAUUAGUUUAA